UUUAUUUUAUUAUCUUUCUAUUUUAUUCAUAUUAAUUCAUGAAGAACUAAUAAGUUAUGGGAAAGAAGAAAAAUGUUGACAACAGCAUUACUUUACUUGUUCAUUUAGAGUUAGAAGAUGCAACACAGCUUACUCAAUUUGAAUACGAGUGUGCCAUUUUAUCAGCAUUAGAAUCUCUUCAUGGUCAGAUUGGUUCUGCAAUUAAUUUUGAUAUAGAAAGCUAUGAUCAAAGUUUUGCUAAAUUGACUCUGAAUAAAAGUGAUAUGAUAAAGUUUUGGAGCGCUCUUUCAUUAUAUGGCUAUUAUGAGGGGAAAAGGUGUGCGUUUCGUGUGGCUUAUGAUUGUCAAAAAAUAAAUCAUUAGAAGGUUUUGAAGAAAGAAGACAUAAAAUUUUCUUUUUUAAUUUUUUUUUUUUUAGUUGUAAAAUUACUUUUUUUUGUUGAUAUUUUAAAAAAUUUUCUUGUGUUAAAA